CAACGCAACAAAAACUAGUCUACUUGUCGCUACCUCGAGCAGCAGAGCUCACAACAUAUCUAACUAACUGCGAGGCGGACCUCUGAGAGCAAACGUCAGAAUUUCUGUAUGUGCACAAAGCACAACAAUACUGCGUACCGAAUCAGUCCGCCACGUCGUCAACGAUCGACAGUGCUUCACAUCAGUCGCGCAACCUCGUCCAAGGUGUGAGGGACUUCACCAAUAGUUGUCACAAAACUUCUGGGCUCAAAAAAAGAUUGGAAAAUCGUAAGACAGGACAAUGAAGACUUAUGGUUUUGCAUCCGUACUCAUACAUCUUUCGUGGGGGCUUAUAUUCACCUUAGCCACCGAAGCCGACUUUGAUGCCCUAAUAGCGUCGAUGACAGCCGACGCAAUCGAGCUUGCCCGACAAGUUGAACUCCUCUAUCAAAAGCGCUGCAACGAGAUUUCUUUGCGACAAUGUGCUCGUGGCAGUUACAACGAGUGCACAUCACUUUACCCCAACCAGACAUGCCCCGGUGGCGAAGAUUUGAACGUUGCCCAAUGCGGCGACGGAGUCUCCUGCAGCGGUCUCUGGGACUAUUCCAUUUCGAAUACGCGUUUGCAUCAGAACUUGGUAGAUUCUGCUGAUGGCAACCCGUCCGAUCCUAAUGUCAUCGAGACCAUAUGCUUCACGCAGCAGCUAGACGAGUUCUUUGUUCAGAAGCGAGCUGAGCAAAAGCCAUAUUGGGACAGCCUAGGGCUGCGUACUCCACAAAUGUACUUCGGGUCACAGAAUGGCGCCUUUCGGAUAUACCCGGCUAGACAGUCGGAAACUUGCGGAGUAUACGAUCCCCGUCUCCGGCCCUGGUAUAUUGCUGCCAGUAGCGGACCCAAGAACGUCGUACUUGUUCUCGAUACCAGCGGCAGUAUGACCGACGGAAACCGUCUCAGUCUUCUCAAGCAAGCUGCAAAGCAAGUCAUCGAAACAUUGACAGUUGGAGACCGCGUUGCCAUUGUUGAGUUUUCGUCGCAGGCGAAGCUGUUUGCCCAAGACAACAAGUUUCUCUUCACGGCAACGCAGAAGAACAAGGAACUUCUAGCAACCCACAUCGACAGCUUCACGGCAGCAGGGGCAACGAACUUCCUGGAUGCGUUCACAGCGGCCUUUGCAGUCCUGAACGACUCCAUCGAUCAGGAAUAUCACGUGGGAUGUACCACAGCCAUCCUCUUUUUAACCGACGGUGAAAUGACGCAGCCAGAAAAUGUACAGGAAGCCGAUGUACUGGACCUGGUCAACACUGGCAUUUCCAAUUUGGAGGCGCGACUAGGUCGAUCAGUCUUCUUGUUCACCUUCAGUAUCUCCGACAACAACAAUGUCCAUGCCUUCCCAAAGCAGAUUGCCUGCUCCACAGGCGACAAUGGUAUUUGGUCCAAGAUCGUCGACGAGCGCGAAAUAUUUGACUCGUUGACCAGCUACUAUCGUUUGUUGGCCAUUGGACUGGGCAGAGACGGGAACGAGAACUUCGCGGCGUGGGUAGAGCCGUAUCAAUUUGCUUCGGGCGAAAUCUGGGGCACUACAGUGUCAGUGCCCGUUUAUGAUCGAUCGGUGACUCCGAACUUGUUUCUCGGUGUGGUUGGUGUCGACUUCACCUUGACAGCUGCGGACAGAGCACUCGGGGUCCCCGAUGGAAGCAAGGAGAGCAUUAAUCGAAUCGUAAGGCAGUCGACUGCUGUUUGCCCGACAAUUGAUCUCGCAUUGUGCGAGCUCGAGAGCUUCCGCCGCCGCAGCAGUGCUGGUGACGAGGCGCUGUGCACGACGAAUUGCACCGCCAGUGAGUAUUUUGAGAUCGAGGAGCAGGCCUGUUCCUUUGUGAAUGAUUAUCCACGUGACCUCUUUAUCAACAACAUGCUCCAGGGCCUCUCUUACGAGGAACGCGUGUGCUGCGUUGUUGGAGAAAAUACUGUUCAUACAGCAGAUCAAUGGGAUCUACUUCAAGCAUUUUUAUGGCAAAAAGGGAUCCUUUCGCGACAGCCACGAGUCGGCUGA